AUGACCAAUAACGCUUUGGUACAGAACUGGUUCGAAGAGAAAGUCAGCAAGGCCAAGGAUAUCGGAGAGAUCACCUUUUUGCGAGAGCCAGAACUUGCCGUCAGCAAGGGACUAGUUCACGGCGCACUCGAAUCGUACAAGAGAGACGAUAUCUGGGUGUACAAGGCCCUCCAUUCUUAUGGCGUCGUGGUCUACAAGUCAGGUACGCAAGUGGAAGCGAAGCAGAAACUCUUGGAAAAAGGCAAGAUAGUCAGCCUCAAGAAGUUCAAGAAGAAGCAGACAAUCAGGUUCAAGUCGGGCAAUAAAGCUAGCACAGUUCUGUGGCUGGUUCGAUGGGAUAACGACGGGGAUGCGAACGGCAUAACAAAAGUCGGCUGCCUUACUACGGGCUGGUCUACUCCGAUUGAGUGGGAGUCAUCUAAGAGCUUGGGGUUCGACGCGAAGGCUGAAGUUGAACUCAGUUUUGAACGCCGAACUGCUAUCGUCGCUUUCUGGUCUAAGGGAAAGCAGGAACACCGGCGGGUGUUCAAUGAAGAAUGGCAUUCAGGGGCGGAUCAAACGCCUCCGAGGAGACUGCCAAGCUUCAUGAACCUUACAAAAAUCGGAUUAGGGAUCGCAGGAUUGAUUACAUUUAUCAUCAAUGCUGCGCUUGGGGACGACGUCCUUGAUGAGGGUGAUGGCGGUACCGAUAAGCCGCAAAAUGAUGGCAAAGGUGGUCCCAAGAAGCAUAAUGUUGAAGAACAAGGUGAUCAAGGUGCUGAAGAGGGUGUCGGACAAUUUGAUAACUUCGAGGAAGCAUAG